UUCAGUUGUUUUGGGGCAGGGCAGAAUAAUUUUAUGGAGUUAAAAUGCCUUAUUUAGACACAGAAAAGGCUAAACAAACUCGAUGCAUCGAGAAUAUCUCUCUGCUGUUUCUUUAAAAAGAAAUUGUUCUAGAUUGCAAAAUACACGUUGCAUUCAUUCCCAAUUUAAAACAAAGCCUGAAUUUGCCACCACUUGUCAUUUUAACAAAUCCUAUUUUAAGGUUGUGGGCAUGCCAAGAAAAGAAAAUCCUGUUAAGUGGAAUGCCUGAAACGGAAAUCACAGAAUCCGAAUCAUGGGGUUGUUCUCCUGUUUGUUCGUUGCUUCUACCUGCCUUUUGGGUUCAGAUUUUCUAAUUAUCAAAGGCAAUUUUCCUUUUCAAGACUGAAAGAUGAAGAGUUUUAUGGAAUUCUUCUUGAUUGGAUGGCCUUUCCAUUUUGGGCAGUAUAUUUUUCUUUUUUGAGAAGACUGUGAAGCUGUGCGGUUGGGCAAGAUUGGAUUUUUCUUCCCAAAAUAAGAAUACUUUUACUCUAAUUUAUGAGCAGAAGAUUUUCUUGCUAGGUUGGUUUACUAAUUCGGUAGCCCUUUGUAUUCUAAGACCUUACCAAGCCACUUUAUUAUCUUCUUCACAUCCCCUGUAUCACUCUGAGAUAAGAGAAAAAAAAGUUAUUGGGAAAAGAGAAUAUAUCUCAAGCAGUUAUGGGUCGAGGGAAGAUAGAGAUCAAGAGGAUAGAGAAUGCAACAAGCAGGCAAGUCACAUUUUCAAAGAGAAGAGGAGGACUCCUUAAAAAAGCUCAAGAAUUGGCUAUACUAUGCGAUGCAGAUAUUGCACUUAUCAUCUUUUCCAGCACUGGAAAAUUGUUUGAAUUCGCCAGUUCUAGCAUGAAAAAUAUUUUGGAGAGGUACAACAGAUGUCCAGAAGGAUCACAAUCAGGAUUAAUUGAGUAUGAUAAUGAAAACCAAUACCACGAGCUAGCAAGACUGAAACAUCAGGUCGAGCAGUUGCAGUUAUGGCAAAAGCAUAUGAUGGGAGAACAGAUUUCAAAUCUGGGCAUGAAAGAUCUGCAACAACUUGAACGUCAAAUGGAAGUUGGAAUGAGUCGAAUUAGGGCAAGAAAGGACCAGAUUUUGUUGGAUCGCAUAGAUGAAAUUGAAAUGAAGCAUUUAGAAGAAAUUGAAAUGAAGAACAUUCAGGAGCAGGAGAAUCAAAAUUUGCGCAGACAAUUAGAAGAGGCAAGCAAGAAUCCUUUGACCGUUGAACAACGUCCAACAACUUUUCUUGAAUUUCGUCCGCUACAAGCAAGAGAUUCUCCGCCAGCAGUCAUUGCUAGACCGUUGGCAGCUCAUAAUUCUAGCAGCGAGGAAUCAGAAACUUCACAGACAUCAUUACAUUUAGGAUUAUUUGAUGGCCAUGCUCAGAGUAAGACAACUCAAAUCCAUCAAAAUAAGACAACUCAAAUCCAUCAAAAGUUUUCAAGUUCAAAUGAAAUCCAUCGAAAGUUUUCAAGUUCAGAUGAAGUCCACAAAAGCCAAAAUGAAUGGAUGGAAGAAUAAUUUUACUUGGAAACUACACUUGCAAGGAUGAUUUUCCAUUCAAUGAUAUUUUCAUCAACUUACAUUUCAAAUUAUUAGUACAACGAAUACAGUUGCCUACCAAGAGAUCCUCUUAUGAUAUUAAAUGAUGAUUCUUCUUACCUCAUCCAUAAUUAAUUCCCUAGGAUUGAAUAUCUUUAUUUAUUUUGUACAUAUCUACUUCGAAAUAUUGAAACCGGUGUAUAGUAAUAUAUA